UUUGAAAACGUCGUUAAAAAUUUUGCGGCACGUGCGAAGAAAGCUCUUAAUUAUGCUGUUAGUAAAGGCAUUUUUAUAAAGAACAGCAGGAUGACAUAUAAAUUUAAUCCAGACUGUACAAUUCCCUACAACAAGGGUUCUGAUGAUGGAAAUGAACCUAUAGCUGAAGAAGUUAAAAGUAUAGGAGUAAAUGUUAAUAAUAAUGAGUAUGAUGGACAAAAGGAUCUUACAUCAGAGGAAGAAAUACCUGGUGACGAUACUUAUACGGCGACGACGCAGUCUCAAAGAUCUAGUUUAUCAAAUCCGGUUGCAGAAAGUAACAAUAAUAAUCCCAUAACGGAUCAGUAUUCAUCCUCGGAUAAAGCAUCACCAACAACAACACAAUCACAACCUGUAUCGAAGCUUCCAAUGAACGCUCAGAUGUUAGUGGAGAACGAACAAACGCUCCGUCUGCCUCCUUUGGCGCCUAAGCCAUCGAUUAGCGUUUUACCAUCGAUAGUGAGAAGUAAUUAUCAACCUUCUCAAGAAUUAUUAAAUAGCUCGAUCGGAGGAGGAGUUAUCAGAGGUAAUAAUCAACCACAACCACAAUCUCAAGCGCAACCGUCACAACAAAUGUAUGAUAAUGCUAAGAUACGAACGUCGUCGGCAUCGAUUCCUUCACUUCAACCAUUGCCAACUAUUGAUACAUCACUUAGCGGUAAUGUUAACAAGAUUCGACAACAAUUGAUCCCACUGCAAACAUCAAAUAUACACAAUACUCCUACUUCUAUACCAACAUCACCACAACAAACGUGGCCUUCAUCAUUUAGUCCGUUUUACAUGUCUCCACAACCUGGUGAAGCCCAUUAUACAACAAUAUUUGAGAAUACUUUUUUUGAUCCAACUUCUCAAUCAACGCAACAUCAACAUCAUCAUACUUCUACGGCUUCAACAAAUGAUUAUAAUAAUGCAGUACUUAAUGAUUUACAACAACAUAAUGAUAAUGGUUCCUUGUUUCAUAGAAUGAACGGGAAUCAACAAGAUAAUAAUAUGAUUGAUUGGGAUUACCGAAACAUGUGAAUUAUGUUUAUGGUGAACCAAAAGAAAUUUGUUAUUUACCCGCGAUUAUAGUAGUAUCAUAAAUUAUAAUAAAAAAGAAAAAAAAAAUUUGUAAAUAAAUAAAAAAGUUUUUUUGAUAAACUGAGUUUAUUCAAUUACAAAGAAAUCGAUAAUUUAAUUUGUUUUAUUUACAAGUUUUAUAAAUAUACGCGCUACCGACUUUUUUUUCCAUUUAUUCAAAC